GUUCCACCCGCACUUCCCCUUUUAGUAGACGCAUAUAUAAUUGGCAUUCUGAUAGGCGACAUAUCAUUCAAUUCACCUGCUAGCUUUGGAAAUUCUGCAAAGCAAAAAACUAGACAUGCAGCUGUACCAGAGAGCCAUGUUGAGUGUUCUGGCUGUUUUUGCCAUCAUGCUGACCUUCACAAGCACAGGACUGGCCAAUGCGAAGCCACUCAGCUGCUGCAAAAGUGUCUCCACUAUGACAUUUGAAGAACCCAUUCUCCGCUACACUUUCCAGAAGGCGAAUCCGCCCUGUGUGAAUGCUAUUGUGUUUGAGACCAGUAAGGGUGUGCAGUGCAGUGCCCCAAACGCUCCAUGGGUGAGAAAAGCAAUCAAAAAAGUCAGGAUGGCUAAACAACAGCCCUGAAGACUUCCUCUGAAAAUGUACUACUGAAAGAAAUGUACUACUGUAUUUUGUACUAUUAUAUUUGUAUUUGAUUGAGUGCCCUAUUUAUUAGUUCAAACUACUGUUUACACAUAUCAUUGAGGUAAACACUGGACAACAGUUUUGUAUAUGGCUAAGAUAAUUUAUUUUAUAAUUUAUGAAUGGAGAGUUAUUUUACAAGCAUGCUUUAUAAUUUAUGAAUGGAGAGUUAUUUUAAAAGCACGCUAUAUGUUAAACGUAUUGCUAUUAUAUGUUCCGUGUUUGAUCUGUGUUUGUUAAUGUAUCUAUUGAUGUGUAUGGAAGAUAACAACAUGAGUUGGCAACACAAAUAAACAUUCUGUACACUAA